CUCGACUGACAGAUAGCUCGUUGUGUAUCGUCAUCGUCUCAACCUCAAAGGCUGAAAAAGGCGCACGCAGCAGAUAAAGUUGUUCAUUUUGUUCAUUAAGAGGCAUUUUUCAAUAAUAAUUCUACCAAAAUGACUAACGCUUGGAGAGCAGUCGGAAUUACCUACAUUCAAUACUCCAAUAUUGCUGCCCGUGUGCUGCGUGAAGCUCUUCGCACAGAAUUGCGUGCCGACGCCGCCAAACGUAACGAUAGCCAUGUGAAGUUCACACCAUGGGCCAACGGCAAGCCAGCGCAUCUAAAAGAAUAAUGUCUUCUAUCUACAAAGUAAAAGAAACUUUUAGAACGUUCACGCCAAACCCAAUCGGAAUCUUAGACUUCAUCUUAAAAUGGCGCUCGAAACAACAACCACAAAAGCGCUCCAGCGGCAAAUUUAAAGUUGUUUCCAUAGUUUAAAAUUACAUCAAAUUAAAUGUGAAAAAUCCGUAAAAAACAUUUUUUAUUUAUUAAUAAUUAGUAUAGAACGACAUAGAUAAACAUAAACGUUUAAAAACAAAGGUAAUUAGGAAAGCCAA